GCUUUUCUAUGUCCCCAUACUACAACCUCUUUGAUUCACUUGAACCAAUGCCAAUGGAAAGUAUUGAAUUACUUAGCCAUCAACUCCCUCCAGGGUUCAGAUUCCAUCCAACUGAUGAGGAGCUAAUAAAUGCCUACUUGAAGAAAAAGAUCACCUCUUCAAUGACUCAAUUUACAUCAAUCAUUGCAGACAUAAACAUCUACAAGUACAAUCCAUGGGAUCUUCCAGGAAAGGCAUUUUUCGGGGAUGAAGAGUGGUUCUUUUUUAGUCCAAGAGAUCGAAAGUACCCGAAUGGAAUUCGACCAAAUAGAUCGGCCGCAUCAGGAUAUUGGAAGGCGACCGGUACCGAUAAGCCUAUUAUUGCUUCAAGUGGCUCUCACUGUGUUGGUGUCAAAAAAGCUCUUGUUUUCUACAAAGGCCGACCACCGAAAGGUAUCAAAACCGAAUGGGUGAUGCAUGAGUAUCGACUAAUUGAUCCUACUCUCAAUCAGCUCAAAAAUAAAGAUUCUAUGCGGUUGGAUGAUUGGGUUCUAUGUCGAAUACGACAAAAGAGUUAUUCUGGUUCUGUUAAUGAUGAACAAGGAAAUCAGAAGAUGGAGAUGCAAGAAGGAAGUGAUUAUGAGUUAUUUGCAUGUUAUGAUAAUAAUCAUAAUAGUAAUAGAAUUACCGAGCAAGAAGUUGGUAAUAAUUUGGUUGGUGAAACUCAGCCUUUUCAGGAGGUUAUUGGUACGAUCAAGAGAAAAGUUUCAGUUGGUGCAGUUGAUGAGAUCUUGAUGUUACCACAGAGUAGUAAUAAGAGAGUAAACUAUGGUGGUGGUCAAAUUGAGGAGUUUUCUCCAUUUGGCUUUGAUUUUGUUGAUCAAGAAUUUCUAAGCUUUUUAAUGUGAUUUUGGGAAUGUUAUUUACUUGUUUUGUCUUUGAUUGGAGA